UUUCGAAAGCGCGUCGGGUUUCAUGAAUAAUUCAGUUCAUGUUCUGUGAAGGUACUCAAGUGACGAAGUGCCAGAAUGGUGUUCCUCGCGUUUCCUUCUCAGUUGACGGAGGAGGAGUUGAUGCUUCAGGCGAAGUAUCAGAAACUGAGAAAAAAGAAAAAAGCGCUAACGACGCUAAAAACGCCGAAAGUGGAACCCGAGCAAGUUCCAGUUAUCAGCAGUAAGAAACGACCCAUCGAGGGCAAAGAUGCGAAGGAAUUCGCCAAGAAACUGUUGCUCACGGGAAAAAUCGUUGUAAUUCCAAAGCCAGAGGAGAAGACAACGUUCAAGCGAUCCCUUGGAUUAGAGAGAAAAUUAUCUGGUGUGGAGUCGAGGCUAAGCAAGAGUCCCCACCCUGCUGGAUCUCCGCCGUAUAACACACCCCGUCCGAAGCAGGCCCCUACGCUUCCUCCUCUGGAUCCUUCGCCUCCGUCUGCGACUCCGCGGCAGAAUCCGAGAGGGAAUCGCAAUCGCAAACGGGGUCCGGACGGUUUGCGACGCCCAGGUCCUCCUAUCCCUUUGGACAUGGACGCCGCAGUCGAAGCACCGCCGCCACAACCCGUUCUCACCUCUGUUCCCGACGGCCGUCCGAGCCAAAGACGCGGCGAACGUCGCACCGGCAAUACUAUCUACGUGUUUGGCUACAACAUAUCAGAAGACAUCCUCCGACGCGCCUUCUCUUCCUUCGGAGUCAUUCUCAGCGUGUCGACGGAAGCGGAAAAAAACUGCGGCUUCGUUACAUUUGCCCGUGCAGAAAUGGCGGAAGCCGCCAUCGCGGAAAUGAACGGAUCUAUGUUUGCGGACGUGCAGCUGCGGGUUUCUUUGGCGCGGCGGCAGCCGAUUGUGGACCCGGAGGCCCUCGCGGCAGCGAAGAUCGGUGCACCGGAGCCGCCGCUGGGGGCCGAAGCCUGGGCAACCAUCGCCGCCUCUUCAGCGCGGGCCGCCCCGGCUGUCAUCCACCAGGAACGACGCGGACUGGUUACGUACAACGAUGAUAUUUUUUGAGCGUUUUAAGUUUUGUAAGAGUACCUGAAGAAGCCGUACAUUUUUUUUCAAUUGUGAAGCGUAUUCUUCGGGAGACAAAAACUGUACACCUUCCGUCUGAUUUCCUAACGGCAUUAUGGCGAACUUCGCUAUUUUUCCCUCGGUUGAUCUGAAACGAUGCAGAACUAUGUGAUGCUUUAUAAGCUAGAGACGCGAUCUCUUCAUCAAGAUUGAGAGAAAAACUUACAGUUACUAACAAAGUAACGAUUAAGCUACCGGAUGGCUUUUUUAAAGAUUUUUUUAGAUGAAACAAUUUUUGAUUUACGCAACCGAGAGAACUUCUGAAUUUUGCAGUAGAGGGAUUCAUGAGUAGAUGGACUCACAAAACAUGACCACGGUAUUUUGGGCAGUUAUGAGUAUGAAAUUUUAAAAAUCAAGCUGAAAAUGGGAAAUUAAAAUUAUGGCCUUGAUAAAACACAGCAUGUGGCUCGUGGAAAAGAACAAGUUGGACAGAUUUUGUUUUAGGACAUAUUCGGGUCUUUAUCGAAUCAGACUUUCAAUUGUGAUCUACAUACUGUUCUCCUGAGGAUGCCGGAAUUUUUCCGUCUCCUGUCCCUCAUUUUGAGAGACAAUACUUGUAGUUGUUCCGAGGAUGCGAUGCCAUCGCCUCUCAAUGCAGGUGCCAGUCCAGAAAAAGCCAAACAUUUCCCCCUUCUCUAUCCCAUGCGCCAAACACCUGUUGGAAAGAUUCCAAGACCCCCCUUGUUUCUCACUGCCCCAUUCUCCUUUGACACAAAUUGCAAGCUUGUAUGUUCAUAGCUGUCUGAAAUAUUCAAGUUUUUGUGGGUCUGGUAGCGCGUGAGUCAACCCUGCAUAUGAAUAAAUGUUCCCAUCAUUUCACGGUUGAAAUGAGUCCGGUUUUUGGAAGGUAACUCUUUCCGUGUUGACGGGUUGGUGAUGCUUUCUUUUUUUUUCCGCGGGUUUUAUAGAUGCUUUUUCGCGGAUGGGGGAAGUGCACUCAAAUUGCGUUUAGUGCAUAAGCUCGGUCACGCGGCGGAUUCCCUGGUUUGUAGAAGUGCCGUCGCCGUGGGGUUUGUGCCUCGUUUUUUGUUCGUUCUGCAAUGCCGUGUGAUUUCUUCCUCUUCACGGAGUUUUAGAAAAUAAAUUUGUUUUUAUUUUGUAUCGGGAAA